UCUGCCACGUCAUCACCACCAUCGACACCCUCUCUUUUUCUCCUCCCUCGCCGCCACAACUUCGCGUCCCCUCAGUCCCUCUCCGACUGGCUGAAACCGCGUUUGCCCUCCGAUUCGUUCGCCUCAUGGGGAAUCAAGCCUGGAACCAAGAACGUCCAUAACCUAUGGCUCGAGCUCGCAGAGGGUGAAACCUCCCUUGCCGAUUCCACACCUCCGAUUCGCACCGUUCAGGUCGUCACCGUCCGCGUCGCCGGGAAACACGGCAAGUUUCUCGUGGAGGCGUACCAGGAGCUCUCCGAUGGCAACGUUAGGAAGCGUGGCCGGCCUUUGUCGGAGAAGAUGAAGCCCAACGAAGAUCCCGAAUCCGCCGCCGUGAGGGCAAUUAGGGAAGAGCUUGGCUCCGUCAUCAUCGGUGGUGGAGAAGCUGGGGUUAUUGAGGUGGAGGACAUUGUUCGGAUCGAUCCAAAUUCGUACGAGAUGAGGGUGGAGGAGAAGGUUUCGGAUUCGUAUCCGGGUUUGCCCGGUUGCUAUGUGCUUCACACGGUGUGUGCCACCGUGGAAGGGUUGCCUGAGGGUGAUUUCUGCACCUAUGAGGUUGAGGAGUAUGGGGCUUCUGAAGAGAAGAAUCUCGCGGAUAAAGCUGUGUCUGUUAAGAAGCAUUAUUGGACAUGGGUUAGUGCUGAUUCCAUCAAACCUUGAUUGAUGACAUUUUCUUUUUGUUUUCUUAAUUUUGGGGUUGUGUUGAGAGUUUCUCUUUAUUUAUAGAUAUGGGAAUUGAUGCCAACAUUUUUGUACAUGUAAGUAAACUAUGACUUUAGCUUUUGGGAUUGGGGGGAUAAUAAAGUGGGAGUUUAAGCUUCUGCUUCUGGUUGGUGUUAAUAAGGCCAUUACAAUAUAUAUACAACCGGUAUAUAGAAUUUUACUGUUUUCUGUGUAACUAUCUAUGUGGAUUACAUGAUUUGGUUUCAAAAUCCGUGUUUGCACCUUU